AGGGACAGCGCCCCGAGCCAGACACAGAGGUUCACAGCUUCAAGCUCAGUGGGCGCUGCCACGGGCAUCCCCUUCCUCCUCCCCAACCUCCCUCCAAGGUCCCUUUAAGACAGGGCUGGUCCUCCCCUCCCCGAGUUAACCCCUAACUGCCCAGGUGGCCCCCGGGACUUAGGCCGGGUGGGCGGAGGCAGCGAGGGAGCCAGAGCCUGGGCGGGGAAAGGGUUGCCCGAAGUCUAGGAGGGAGAGAGGGAGGAAGGGAAGCCGGGAAGGUGGCAGCGGAGGAGCUAGCGGAGCCGGCCAAGGGGCCCCUGCUGUGCCAGGCAGGCACUGCCAAAUCAGGGGCGCCUGGAGCUGGGGGGGAGGGCUGGGGACAGCCCGUCCCUUCCCCCUCCCCCGCGACGUGCCCAGCAACUUUGGAGAAAAGUUUGGCACGGACCGCGCGCCGGUGCCUGAGGAUGGGCAGGCUUCCACUGGCCUGGUGCUUGGCGCUGUGCUGCUGGGGGUGUGUGGCCCCCAAAGGAGCACAGGCUGAGAUCGAUGAUCCCUUUGUGGAGAGCCCUGGGAACAUCACGGGUUCCAGGGGAAUCACGGUGGUCCUUAGGUGUGAGCUCAAGGUUCAGGGGGAACCCGCUGAAGUGAACUGGCUUCGGGAUGGACAGGUCUUGGAGCUGGCAGACAGCACUCAGGUCCAGGUGCCCCUGGGUGAAGACUGGCAAGAUGACUGGAAAGUGGUCAGCCAACUCAGCAUCUCCUCCCUGCAGCUUGUGGAUGCCGGAAGGUACCAGUGUGCUGUGCAUCUGAGAGGACAGAACUUUGUGUCCCAGCCUGGGUAUGUAGGGCUGGAAGGCCUGCCUUACUUCCUGGAGGAGCCUGAAGACAAGAUGGUGGCCGCUAACACACCUUUCAACUUGAGCUGCUGGGCCCAGGGACCACCAGAACCAGUGGACCUGCUCUGGCUCCAGGAUGCUGUUCCCCUGGUCCCAUCCACAGACCACAGCCCCCAGCGCAGCCUACAAGUUCCAGGCCUGACCAAGACGUCUUCUUUCUCCUGUGAAGCCCACAAUGCUAAGGGGGUCACCACAUCCCGCACAGCUACCAUCACAGUGCUCCCUCAACGGCCCCACAACCUUCACCUGGUUUCCAGAGAGCCCACAGAACUGGAGGUAGCUUGGACCCCUGGCCCGAGUGGCAUCUACCCCCUCACUCACUGCACUGUACAGGCUGUGAUGUCUGAUGAUGGGGUGGGCAGCUGGACGGGAGAGCCAGAACCCCCGGAGGAGCCCCUCACCCUGCAAGCAUCUGUGCCCCCUCACCAGCUUCGGUUGGGCAGCCUCCAUCCUCACACCCCUUAUCACAUCCGGGUGUCGUGUGCCAGCAGCCAGGGCCCCUCACCCUGGACACACUGGCUUCCUGUGGAGACACCAGAGGGAGUGCCCCUGGGCCCCCCUGAGAACGUUAGCGCCAUUCGGAAUGGGAGCCAGGCCAUCGUGCGUUGGCAGGAGCCGAAAGCACCCCUGCAGGGAACCCUGUUAGGAUACCGAUUGGCUUAUCGAGGCCAGGACACACCUGAGGUGCUAAUGGAUGUCAGGUUACAGCGGGAAGUGACCCUGGAACUGCGGGGGAGCAGGCCCGCGCCUAACCUGACCGUGUCUGUGGCAGCCUACACUGCUGCUGGGGACGGGCCCUGGAGCCUGCCGGUGCCCCUGGAGCCCUGGCGCCCAGGGCGAGGACAGCCAGUCCACCAGCUGGUGAGUGAACCCCCAGCUCCUGCCUUCUCAUGGCCCUGGUGGUAUGUACUGCUGGGAGCAGUUGUGGCCGCUGCCUGUGUCCUCAUCUUGGCCCUAUUCUUUGUCCACCGGAGGAAAAAGGAGACCCGCUAUGGGGAGGUGUUUGAACCAACAGUGGAAAGAGGUGAACUGGUAGUCAGAUACCAUGUCCGCAAGUCCUACAGCCGCCGGACCACUGAAGCCACUUUGAACAGCCUGGGCAUCAGCGAAGAGCUGAAGGAAAAGCUUCGGGAUGUGAUGGUGGACCGGCACAAGGUGGCUCUGGGGAAGACACUGGGGGAAGGAGAGUUUGGAGCUGUGAUGGAGGGCCAGCUGAACCAGGACGACUCCAUCCUUAAGGUGGCUGUGAAGACAAUGAAGAUUGCCAUCUGCACCAGAUCAGAGCUGGAAGACUUCCUGAGUGAAGCUGUCUGCAUGAAGGAAUUCGACCACCCCAACGUCAUGCGGCUUAUCGGUGUCUGUUUCCAGGGUUCUGAACGAGAGGGCUUCCCAGCACCUGUGGUCAUCUUACCAUUCAUGAAGCAUGGAGACCUACACAGUUUCCUCCUCUACUCUCGGCUUGGGGACCAGCCAGUGUUCCUGCCCACUCAGAUGCUGGUAAAGUUCAUGACAGACAUUGCCAGUGGCAUGGAGUACCUGAGUACUAAGAGAUUCAUACACCGGGACCUGGCUGCCAGGAACUGCAUGCUGAACGAGAACAUGUCCGUGUGUGUGGCAGACUUUGGGCUCUCCAAGAAGAUCUACAAUGGGGACUACUAUCGCCAGGGUCGCAUUGCCAAGAUGCCGGUUAAGUGGAUCGCCAUUGAGAGCCUAGCCGACCGUGUCUACACCAGCAAAAGUGACGUGUGGUCCUUUGGGGUGACAAUGUGGGAGAUCGCCACACGAGGCCAAACACCAUAUCCCGGAGUGGAGAACAGUGAGAUUUAUGACUACCUGCGCCAGGGGAAUCGCCUGAAGCAGCCUGUGGACUGUCUGGAUGGCCUGUAUAUCCUGAUGUCCCGGUGUUGGGAGCUGAACCCCCGAGACCGGCCAAGUUUUACAGAGCUUCGGGAAGACUUGGAGAAUACACUGAAGGCCCUGCCUCCUGCCCAGGAGCCUGAUGAAAUCCUCUAUGUCAACAUGGAUGAGGGCAGAGGUCAUCCUGAAGCCCUUGGAGCUGUGGGGGGAGCUGACCCCCCAACCCAGCCUGACCCUAAAGAUUCCUGCAGCUGCCUCACGGCAGCUGAGGUCCAUCCUGCUGGACGCUAUGUCCUUUGCCCUUCUACAGCUCCUGGCCCCACUAUGUCUGCUGACCGGGGCUCCCCAGCACCCCCAGGGCAGGAGGAAGGAGCCUGAGACAACCCUCCACCUGGGAUUCCCUCUCAGGAUCCAAGCUAGCCACUGCCACUGGGGAAACCUCAUCCCCCACUCCAACUUCCCCACUCCAGGCCUGUCCCCAGCUAUAGCCUUAUCUUCUACCCUUCCCACCUUCAUCCCAGACAAAGCCUUCCCCUUCUCUGCAUCACAGCAUCGUCCUCCAUAAUAAGAAGUGGCUGCACUGAGCAUGGUGGUGCAGACCUGCAAUCCUAGUACUCAGGAGGCUGAGGCAGAAGGACUGCCAGGUUUAAGGCCAGCCAGGGCAACAUAGACAGUUGUAGGCUAGCCUGAGCUAUAUAGUGAGACUUUGUCUCAAAACAAAGAUAUGACUGGCAUGCUAUUUCUAAGAGUCCUCCAGAUCUAGAUUCUAAGGCCUAAACAGUCUAUAUCAAAGUUGUUAGUAAUCUUUGGUUCCAAGGAACUGAAAUCCCAGUCCCUAAUUCUAAAGUGCUGUGGUUCCAUACCCAAGCUGCUGUGGACUCCUAGGUUCAAGUGACCUUCCGCCUCAGCCUCCCAAGUAGCUGGGACCACAGGUGUGCUAAAAUUCUUGAUAAGGGCCCAAGAGUCUAGGUUUAAAGCUAAAGAUUCUAGUUCUAGAAUUUAAGACUCCAUGAGUCUAGAUUUUUAUUUUUCUAGAGUUCAGAAUCCCUAGGGCAAAGACUUUAGAUUUUAUAAUUCUGAAGAUUCUACCAUUCUAGACAUGGAGGCUCUAAAGCCUACUGUUCUAAAAUUUGAUGGUUAAAGGCUCUCUGAGUCUACAUAUCCUGGUUAUAAGAAUGUUCAUCACAAGCCUUCAGAUUUUUUUUUCUCAAGUUUUAAAAUCCUAAUUACAGUCAGAUCCUUUUGUAUGAGAUCCUGGAUUUGAAAGAUUCUACAAUCUUCAAGUCAAAAGUUCUAGGAGUCUAAAGAUGGCGAUUCUAAGGUCUAAUGUUCUAAGAUGUUUAUUCUAAAACUUAAUUUAAGAACCUAGAUUCUGUAAAAUUCUAGGUCAUAUGCCCCAAGACUCUAGAUUAUUAAACUCUAAGAUUCUAAUGUUGGCCUGUUUUAUGUUUCAAGGCACUGUAAGAUUCCAGUGACCCAAAAUUCUAGAUCCCAAGCAUCUAAAUUAUAAGACACUCAUAAUCAUGACUAACUAGACACAAAAAUUCUCAUCAUUUCUAAUGCUGGGCAUCUCUAGGUUCUAUGCUGUACUCUGCAUUUCUAGGAUUAUAAUUAAAGAUCGGAUUAUAGUGCUAAGCACUAUAAGGUUAAGAUCCAAAUCUUCUACACAUUUACAACAGUAGGUACAAAUCCACAGUUCUAACCCAAAGGUUACAACUGGUUUCUUCUUAGCCAUCUAUGCUUUUUUUUCCACCUCAUGUGGGGUUGUGCCCCCCUCAAGCCUGUGCAAUGCAACUAGGGAUGCCUCCUUUCCCUCCAGGGAAGAGACCAUCUCCCUCCUUUGGGCCUCGCUGCCCUCUUGAGCCAGUCCCUCAUCCUCCCUGUACAAAAUGUGGACUUUGGUGCCUCUAUAGGGACUCUGGUCAUAUAAAAUUUUGUCUUUCACUAUUCUGUCUCCUCUUGUUACCAUUCAGCCACAAUGAACUCUUUCCCCUGGCAAACUGGCUUCCUAUUAAUAAAAGGGUUUGAUGA